GAGGCGGUGCUAUCGCCGCCAUCUUUGCCAGGAGAACAGUGAGCUGGUAGCGACUGAGCAUCCCGGACUCAUCAGUCUCCAUCCACCCCGUGUAGUCCCCGUCGCCGCCCCGUCUCAGACAUGGACGAUCGAGAGGACCUUGUGUACCAGGCUAAGCUAGCUGAGCAGGCUGAGCGCUAUGAUGAAAUGGUUGAAUCAAUGAAGAAAGUGGCUGGAAUGGAUGUGGAGUUGACAGUGGAAGAAAGAAACCUUCUAUCUGUUGCAUAUAAAAAUGUGAUUGGAGCUAGAAGAGCUUCAUGGAGAAUAAUCAGUAGCAUCGAACAGAAAGAAGAAAACAAAGGUGGAGAAGAUAAACUAAAAAUGAUUCGGGAAUAUCGGCAAAUGGUUGAGACCGAGCUGAAAUUAAUCUGUUGCGACAUUCUGGAUGUACUGGACAAACACCUCAUUCCAGCAGCUAACACGGGCGAGUCCAAGGUUUUCUAUUAUAAAAUGAAAGGGGACUACCACAGGUACCUGGCUGAGUUUGCCACAGGAAAUGACAGGAAGGAGGCUGCAGAGAAUAGCCUGGUGGCUUAUAAAGCAGCUAGUGAUAUUGCAAUGACAGAACUUCCGCCAACACAUCCCAUACGCUUAGGUCUUGCUCUCAACUUCUCUGUAUUCUACUAUGAAAUUCUUAAUUCCCCUGACCGUGCCUGCAGGUUGGCAAAAGCAGCAUUUGAUGAUGCUAUUGCAGAACUGGAUACACUGAGUGAAGAAAGUUAUAAAGACUCUACACUUAUCAUGCAGUUGUUACGUGAUAACCUGACACUAUGGACUUCAGAUAUGCAGGGUGAUGGUGAAGAACAGAAUAAAGAAGCGCUGCAGGAUGUGGAAGAUGAAAACCAGUGAGACACCAUGGCCAACAGGAGAACCAUCUCUGACCACACCCACCCUCCCCAACAAAUCCCUCAGUGUCACUCUGAGAACCACCAAAUCUGACUUUUACAUUGGGUCUCAGAAUUUAGGUUCCUGCCCUCUUGGGUUUCUUUUUUUUUUAAUUUUAUUUUUUUUGAGGGGUUUUUUUUUUUUUUUUUUUUUUUUUGUUGUUUUUGGGUUUUUUUGUUUUUACACAGUUUAAAAGUUCUUAAAGGCAAGAGUGAAUUUCUGUGGAUUUUACUGGUGCCAGCUUUUAGGUUCUUUAAGACACUAACAGGACUGCAUAAAGAUUUUUUCAGCAUUACUGUAUUGUCUUCUGCCAGAUGUGACAAUUAUUAUUAUAAGUGAAUAUUACAUCUGAAAGCCAUUAGACUUUUAGGGGAGAGAUUUGUUAUCGCACUGUAGGGCGCAUGUGAUGGCAUUUUUCCUUUUUUAUAAUUGUUUAAACUGAAUUUUAUACCAGUGUUUAAACUUAAUUGGGUGUUUAGCUUGAAGUUUCAGGUUGCAUUGGAAAGUUUAUUGUAGUGAUUUUACUGUUAAAAAAAAGUUUCCAAACUGCUGAAAUGUUGCUGAAAAAUUUGGUGCUGGUAACAGUUCAACAAUCCGUGGCUGCUCAUUCUUGCCUACGUUUUACUUUUCCUCAAAGCAGGUUAGCAUUGAAGGUGGCAUUGAAAAGCCUGCAUGUGUGUUCAAUAUUUUUUUUCCCUUCCCCAUCCCUAUUCCCCCCUUCGCUCGCUCAACCUCUUUUGUUCAGUAUGUGUAACUUGAAGCUAAUUUGUACUACUGGAUAUCUGACUGGAGCCACAGAUACAGAAUCUGUAUUGUUCUUACUGAAACACAGCAUGGAAUUAACAUUAAACUUAAAUAAAACAAACCUAAAUUAAAAAAUGCCAAAUAUUA